AUGGGUGGCGCAAGGCACAAUGUUGUCAUGUCGCCAUCGAUGAUCAAGUCCGUCUUGACAAUCAGAGGCGUGACAACUGCCCCUCUGGUGCAGCAUAUCUCGAAGAAGAUUCUCGGUGAACGAGGUGUCUUUGAGAAACUGAACCCCUCCGACCACCAUGUUUUUGUUCAUAACAUUCCCAACCAGUUCAUGCAUGAGCCAUCAUUGUCCCAAACUUCAACGGCGGCUGCCAACUUUAUUCAACGGGAAGCCCCUAACCUGGUGACUUUCUCGGCAGCGCCCAUCGACCAGAUGAUGUGGGAACGGCCGGCCGAUGUCACUGUUAUCGAGGGAAAGGGUCAACUCUGCGAGGUGGAUUUCUUCAAGCUUAUUAGGCAUUUUGUUGGUACCGUGACAACGACUACUUUGUUUGGCCAGGCCAUUCUGGAGACAUUCCCAACUUUACUCCAGGAUGUCUGGAGCGUUGAUGACCAGUUCGCCACUUUAUCCAUGGGCCCGCCUCGCCAUUUAACCCCGGGAAUUUCCGCAGCUUAUAUUGCGCGCGAUCGACUGCUAGAUGCUCUUGCAAUAUUUCAUCAAGCUUUGCUGCUUUGGGAUGAAGGGAAUGACCUUGGGAUGGAGUUUCGCGAUCUACGUGACCUCGAAGACGUCUCGGAGCCGAUCAAAAACAGAGUGCGCAAGGCGAAAGACCUGGGGUUAUCCCCGCAAGACAGUGCCCCAGCACAUUUAGCCUUGCUCUGGGCUAUGAAUGGAAAUUCGCCUAACAUUGUAUUCUACCAUCUCCUUCGCUUAUAUGCCAACCCGACACUCCUGGGGGAAAUUCGAAAGGAGAUUGCUCCAUUUGUUAAGGUCUCGAGACCGACGAGGGAGGAAACCGGAUUCCCGAUCUUGGAGGCACCUAGACUGUCUAUUGACGUUGAUGGGCUGUGCAGUUCGAGCGAGCUUUUGAAAGCGAGCUUCUACGAGACUUUACGCUUGGACUCGGCAGGGCUUUCCUUCCGGCAGUUGACUGCCGACCUGACUCUCACCGAGACGGAAGAAGAGGCCACAAAGGCGGGCCGGUCAACACCGCAGAAUUACUCCCUCAAGAACGGCGAGCUAGUGAUUGUACCGCAUGGUGUCGUCCACAAUGACCCCAUGCAAUACUCCAAUCCAAACCAAUUCGACCCUCUCAGGUUCAUCAAGACUGACCCUAGCACCGGCCAGAAGCGCGCAAAGUACGAGACCUUGACUCCAUUUGGGGGCGGCAUGCCUGCAUGCAAAGGACGUGCUUUCGCGGAGAAGAAAAUCCUUGCUCUAUCUGCAGCUAUUGUGUCCCUUUGGGAAAUCUCACCGGCAGAUGCGAAGGAACUGAAGAUUCCCGGGCACAAGAUAUCGAGUGCUGCGUUUUUGCCGAAGAACGACAUUCGAGUGCGGAUAUCACCGCGGUACCCUGCGUGA